AUGAAGUUUGUUCUCGCUCAUCAACACCUUUGUCUAGUUCUUCCACAUCAAACUAUUCUAAGAUAUCUCCCAAUUCAACCAAUUACGUCACUUCCAUUACAUCGUAGAUAUCCCAGUAAUGUAGCUGGAUAUAAUGAAUCAUCUAUUAUUCAACCAGUUCAUUUAUCUUGUCCAACUACUAUGUACCAAACUAUUAACCAACUGCAGGAUACUCCAGAAGGAGUUUUGUUGCCACAACCGAAUUUACCCGAAACCGCAUCUUCAUAUUUAUCUCACUUUGACAGCAGUAAUAUUUAA